AUGACGUACAACUACAGUACAAUCGGCUUCAUCGGCCUUGGUGUGAUGGGAUUUCCCAUGGUAGAAAAUCUAUGCAAAAAGCUAUCAGAUUCAGUACGCAUCUAUGUCUUCGACGUAUCGACGUCUACCGUAGAAGAGCUGUCCUCGCGGACCAGUGGGCGGGCAGAGGCCUGCAGCAGCUCAAAGGAGGUUGCGGAGAAGUCAGAUGUUGUGAUGUCGAUGGUCCCUGAAGGCAGCCACGUCCGCUCGGUAUAUCUUACCCCAGGCACCGGCGUUCUCGCUGCAGACCUCUCCAACAAGCUACUGAUAGACUGCUCAACGAUUGAUACCGCUACCUCGCUUGAAGUCGCCGAUGCGAUCGCUAAGCAACAUCCAACCGCUUCGUUCUACGAUGCACCCGUCUCUGGGGGCAAUCUCGGCGCCCAGAAGGCAACGCUUACCUUCAUGGUCGGCUGCGCAGAGUCAGACCCAAAGUUCCCCAUGCUGCAGGGCUUACUCGGUAUGAUGGGCAACCCAGACGCCAUCUUUGCUUGCGGAGGCCAGAGCCUAGGAUUGACCGCGAAACUGUGCAACAACUACUGCUCCGGCCUUAUCGCGAUAGCUACUUCUGAGGCCAUGAACAUCGGUAUGAAGAGCGGGAUGGAUCCCAGGGUGCUCGCCAAGGUCUUCCAUGCCAGUACGGCGCAGAGCGCCAUCUGUGAUAAGUGGUGUCCAGUCCCAGGUAUCUGUCCUGAAGCGCCGGCGUCGAAGGGCUAUCAGGGUGGCUUCAAGAUACAGCUAAUGCGCAAGGACUUUGGGCUCGCGGUUGAUGCGGCCAAGCGUGUGGGCGUGGAUCUAGCUUUAGGAGAGAAAGGACUGGAGACGUACACGGCCGCAAUGAAUGACCCAAGGUGCAAGGAUUUGGACUCGAGGGUGGUGUAUAGACAUCUGGGAGGAGACGAGAAUUGGGUGGAGAGGUUUGAGCAGAAUUCUUGA